AUGGACUCUAAAUGGACAGCAGAACGAGAUGCCGAAGCUGUUAAAAUUUUAACUGAUGAUGCUUCUAUAAAUAAAGAUAGGCGGUAUUAUCACGUCCGUGAGAAAUUUGAUUUGAUCGAGGUAGCUGGCGUAAGACGUGUGCGACGGAAACGCGAUCAACGUAUUAUGGCAGUAGUCGACAGUUUCCAUAGUAUUAUCCGUGAUAUGCAUGUGGCCAGUGGACAUAAAGGUGAGACAAAAACACACAAAAAAAUAAUGGAGCAUUACUCUAAUAUAACUAUGGCUGAUGUAAAAGCUUAUAUUGCUAAUUGUGAAAGGUGUGUGGAAAAAUCAAAAAAAAAAAGUACGCGAGGUGUUGUUGUGCGGCCUAUUUUAGCUUCUUCUUUAAAUGAACGUGGGCAAGUGGACCUUGUUGACUUUCAAAGUUUACCUGACGGUGAUUUUAAAUUUAUUCUUCAUUACAAAGAACACUUGACAAAGUUUUCAUUUUUCCGGCCUCUGAAAUGCAAAAAGGCUUCGGAAGUGGCGAAAGAACUGUUACACAUAUUUUUGACGUUUGGUGCACCUCACGUUCUACAGUCCAAUAAUGGUCGCGAAUUCACUGCCGGUGUUAUAAAAGAAUUAGCGUUAUUAUGGCCAGAUUUAAUAUUAGUAAAUGGUCUGCCACGUUAUCCACAAAGCCAAGGAUCUGUAGAAAGAGGUAAUUGUACACUGAAGGAUUCGCUGGUGGCGUGGAUGCGAGACAACAAAACUGCCGCAUGGAGUUACGGCCUCGCCUUUGUACAAUGGGGCGUUAAUACCACAUACCACGAAGCUAUAAAGAUGACUCCAUAUGAAUCAUUCUUUGGUCAAAAAGCACGAAUGGGACUGGCAACAAAAGUACCUUGUGAAUUGUUGGAAAAUAUAAUGACAGGAACGCUAGAAGAAGAUAUGUUGGACAUGCUUUUGGAUCCAUUGACUACUCCCACCAUUCCGGAAUAUCGAAACGAUGAGGACGUACAGGACGUAGUAUUCAUUAUUCAGAUUUUGUUUACUUUUGUAAAUUUUCAAGGCCACAAUCGCCCGAUCCGACCAAUUCACGGAGUGUCGUACCCCUGGUAA